AUGUCUUUCAUCGAAAAUAAUGAAUUUGAUUCUGAUCUUGUUGCACUUAAUACUGAAACUGAAGCUCAGUCACUUAUAUCAAUUACGUCUAGCAGCAUUAAUAGUAAUGAUUUAGCCUUCUCUAAAAAACAAAAAAACUUGUGUAGCAAGUUAUUUGUUGAAAAACUAUUUGAAGAAAAAGAUCUUCUGCAAGAACAUCCAAAUUCACAAACACAUUAUCAUCACCCAGCGCAGAAAAAAUUUGAACGUCAAGCAAAAGCUGCCAAUCUUCCAAACUAUAAUCUUAUUUUAGAUGUAGUAACCAGAUAG